AUGAUGGAAAUUGAAGAAAUGGAAGAAGAAGAAGAAGAACAACAACAAUAUGAACGAAAUCGUGGUGGUCGUAAACAAAUUAAACUUGGUACAACACGUCGUAAUGCUCGUGAAAGAAAUCGUGUUCGUCAUAUAAAUGCAUGUUUUGAAGUACUUCGUCAACAUAUUCCACAUGAAAAACAUAAUAAAAAACUUUCGAAAGUUGAUACACUUAAAUCAGCGAUGAAUUAUAUUGAAAAUCUUAAACAAAUUCUUCAUUCAACAACGACAACAACACCAUCACCAAAUAUUUAUUCAUCAUCACAACAAACAAAUGUAUUUAUUCCAAUUAAUAUUAAACAAGAACAUUAUUAUUAUUAUCAAGAUCAAGAUCAUGAACAAGAUCAUUCAUCAGAAUAG